AAAUUAAUGUAAGAACAAGCAAAAAUACAAUUCAGCUUUCUUUUCUUUUUCAUAAACAACUCAGUCUCUUCCCUCUGCAUCUCUCUAUAUUCUCACAAAUGUGGUAGUUUUGGAGAGAGACAGAAGCUUCUUUUUUGCAAAUAUAGACACAAAAUACACACACCCAUGUGUGUAAAUGAUGGAAAGGACUGAACUUUACCAUUUGCAGUGAACAAGAAGCUGAAAUGAACAAGACCCUUGUGAGAAUACUCUGUGUUUGAGAAAGGGACGAAGAAGAAGAAUAGAGUAGACAAAACACAUUUUUGGUGUGUCGAUGGGCAUGAAGAUGCAAGGCCAUCAUAUGGUGGCUGUGAGGUUGAAUGAUCCAUUUGGGACCAAAAGAAAGUACACAUUUGUCAACAGAGUAUGGCUGCCCAAGAUAUUAUUUCUCUGGAUUAUGAUUAUGGUUUUCGCUAGUAGAGUAAUAUAUGAUAGGAUGGAUGCUGAAAACAAAGAAAGAAGGAAAGAAGUUCUUGUGAGCAUGUGUGAUCAAAGGGCUAGAAUGCUGCAAGAUCAAUUCAAUGUCAGUGUUAAUCAUGUUCAUGCACUGGCAGUGUUGGUAUCAACUUUUCACUACUAUAAAUUUCCGUCCGCGAUUGAUCAGGAAACUUUUGCCGAAUACACGGCUAGGACAGCGUUUGAAAGGCCAUUGUUGAGUGGUGUUGCAUAUGCACAAAGGGUUGUGAAUUCAGAACGGGAGGACUUUGAGAAGCAACAUGGAUGGACAAUAAGGACAAUGGAGAGAGAGCCUUCACCAUAUCGGGAUGAGUAUGCCCCUGUGAUAUUCUCUCAAGAAACAGUCUCCUAUAUUGAAUCACUUGAUAUGAUGUCAGGAGAGGAGGACCGCGAAAACAUAUUGAGGGCUAGGUCUACUGGGAAAGCAGUUCUUACAAGUCCAUUUCGGUUGUUGGGUUCUCAUCAUCUUGGGGUUGUGUUAACCUUCCCUGUAUACAAAUUCAAGCUUGCUCCAAAUCCUUCAGUGGAACAACGCAUCGAAGCAACAGCAGGAUACCUUGGUGGAGCUUUUGAUGUUGAGUCACUGGUUGAAAAUUUACUAGGCCAACUUUCUGGGAAUCAAGCAAUUGUCGUUAAUGUAUAUGACAUUACUAAUCCUUCUGACCCCCUUAUUAUGUAUGGACGUGAACAUCAAGAUUUUGACAUUUCCCUUGAGCGUGUAAGCAUGCUUGAUUUUGGAGAUCCGUUCCGGAGACACCAAAUGAUAUGCCGAUAUCUUCAGAAGGCUCCAACAGCAUGGACAGCAAUCACUACUGCAUCCCUAAUCUUUGUAAUUGGCUUACUUGUUGGCUAUAUGAUAUAUGGUGCAGCGCUUCACAUUGUGAAAGUUGAGGAUGAUUUUCACCAAAUGCAGAAACUAAAAGUGCGUGCAGAAGCCGCUGAUGUUGCCAAAUCCCAGUUCCUAGCUACUGUUUCACAUGAAAUCAGAACUCCAAUGAAUGGCAUCCUUGGGAUGCUUGCAUUGCUCCUUGAUACAGAUUUGAGCUCAACACAAAGGGAUUAUGGUCAAACAGCUCAGGCAUGUGGGAAGGCACUGAUAACUUUGAUAAAUGAAGUCCUUGACAGGGCAAAAAUUGAAGCUGGAAAGUUAGAGCUGGAAGUAGUCCCAUUUGACCUUCGAUCCAUACUAGAUGAUGUGCUCUCUUUAUUCUCUGAAAAAUCUAGGCACAAAGGUGUUGAGCUAGCUGUGUUUGUAUCUGAUAAAGUUCCCAAAGUAGUUGUGGGAGAUCCAAGAAGAUUCCACCAGGUGAUCACAAAUCUUGUGGGAAAUUCUAUCAAGUUCACAGAAAAAGGACAUAUAUUAGUCCAAGUUCACCUUGCUGACCAUGCACAAGUUGUCUUGGGGGCAAGUUCUGACGCCACCUUCAAUGGAUGGUCCAAAGGUGCAGCUUUAUCAAGCGUUGGUAGCCAAUUUAGAACUUUGAGUGGUCAUGAAGCUGCUGAUAAUAAGAAUAGUUGGGAUACACUUCAAAAAUUGACUGCUGAUGAAUUUCUGUCUAAUACUUCCAACAAUGUCACUGGUCCUGACGAAUCAUUUCAAAAUGUCACAUUGAUGGUAUCUGUUGAGGAUACAGGGAUAGGGAUUCCGUUACGUGCACAAGAGAGGGUGUUCAUGCCAUUUAUGCAGGCAGACAGUUCAACUUCUCGAAAUUAUGGGGGAACUGGUAUUGGAUUGAGUAUUAGCAAGUGCCUAGUUGAGUUGAUGGGUGGUCAGAUAAACUUUAAUAGUAGUCCACAAAUUGGAAGUACAUUUUCAUUUACUGCCGUCUUUAAAAGGUGCCACAAAAUUGCAACUGGUGAUUUAAAAAAGUCUCUGGCAGGUGAUCUCUCUGUGGCAUUUGUAGGACUGAAAGCAAUUUUAGUUGAUGAGAGACCAAUUAGAGCUGCUAUAACAAAAUAUCAUUUAAAAAGGCUUGGUAUUCUUGUGGAAAGUGUCGAUAACAUCCGGUUAGCAGCUACAAUAUCUGGGAAAAAUGUUUCACAACCAGACAUGAUUCUGGUUGAGAAGGAUUCCUGGUUAUCUACUGAAGAUGGUGGGUCAAAUCUACGAUUAUCAGAAUGCAAGCAAGAUGGACAGAAGAACUUAUCAAAGAUGAUCCUUCUUGCAACUAAUAUCACCAGCUCCGAGUCUGACAAAGCAAAGGCAGCAGGUUUUGCAGAUACUGUGAUAAUGAAGCCCUUGAGGGCAAGCAUGGUGGCAGCCUGUCUUCAGCAGGUGUUUGGAACAGGAAAAAAACCACAAUUGAAAGGAAUGAUUAAUGGAUCCAUCCUUCGAAGUUUGCUUUGCGGCAAGAAGAUACUGGUAGUUGAUGACAACAGGGUGAACCGCAGGGUUGCUGCAGGUGCACUGAAGAAGUUUGGUGCUGAUAUCGAGUGUGCUGAGAGUGGUAAAGAUGCACUUGCAUUGCUUCAGAUUCCACACAGUUUUGAUGCAUGUUUCAUGGACAUUCAAAUGCCUGAAAUGGACGGUUUUGAGGCAACACGCCGUAUAAGGAUGUUGGAGAGCAAAGCAAAUACGCAGAUAAACAACGGUUAUGUCAUCAGUAAAUCUGCACAAACUACCGAAUGGCAUUUACCCAUUUUAGCCAUGACGGCUGAUGUUUUCCAUGCCACACAUGAAGAAUGCCUGAAAUGCGGAAUGGAUGGUUACGUUUCAAAACCAUUUGAAGAAGAGAACAUCUAUCAGGCUGUCGCUAAAUUCUUCAAACCUAAACCAGUAUCCAGUCCAUAGCUGAACAACUAUCCAUGUCUUUAAACAGAAGACUACCAGUAAUUUUUGGAAAUCAUUUGCUGAUGAUCAUAUUCGCGCAGAGUGUCGAACUGCAGGCACAGCUCUGGUAUUUGAUAAUUAACCGCUUUAGUUUAACUUGAUCAGCUUCUUGAGUACAUAUAAACCCUUAUUGUUAUAACAGAAUCCAUUGGUCUUUACUUGUCAAUUGUAUGUAAUGAUUACUGGAUGAAGUUUGCUUUUGGGGGAACAGGGUUUAAGAUGGUACAGACAGUAAGCUGAUAUAAUGUCCCUGCAUGGUUUAUCCACAUUGCUUUGUAAGAACAUCUCGUGAUAAUUUAAGAUUUAUACCCUGUGCCAUUUUAA